AAGAUCAAAGCCGCAUGCCAAGUCGCUCGCGAGGACGGGUUCCUCCUCCUGUGGAUCGAUACCUGCUGCAUCGACAAGUCGAGCAGUACAGAGCUCUCCGAAGCGAUCAACUCCAUGUUCGAGUGGUACGAACUAGCCGACAUCUGCUACGCCUAUCUCGCGGAUGUCCCCGGUGACGACGAUCCUACUCAAGCCGUCUCCCUCUUUUGGCAAAGCAGGUGGCACACGCGGGGCUGGACUUUGCAGGAGCUCAUCGCCCCGACGCGCGUCGUCUUCCUGACUCGCUCGUGGGGCUUUCUAGGGACGAAGGCGGGGCUCGCAUCCACGCUGGAGAAGAUCACGGGAGUUGACUUCAGCAUACUCACGGGCCACGCCACUGUACACUCGGCCAGUGUCGCGCGGAGGAUGUCGUGGGCCGCCUGCCGGGAGACAACGCGCAUCGAGGACCGGGCGUACUCAUUGCUGGGCAUUUUCGGCAUGCACAUGUCUCCGAUAUACGGGGAGGGCGAAAACGCGUUCCUCCGUCUUCAGGAGGAGAUUGUGAAGACCAUCCCUGACCACAGCAUCUUUGCAUGG